CAGCAUCCUCCACCCGCUGAGGUCAGAUGAGCCCGGCGGGCGGCGCAUUGCUACCUGGCUGACAUCCUGCACGGCUCUCCCACUCAGAGUUUGAGAAGUGCUGUGGACUUCCUGGUACGGGACCAUGGACGCGGAGAGCUCCCGUGUGUCCGGGGAACUACCUGCAGCGAUGUGAUCGUGGACGACCCGUCGAGUUGAAAGCAAGGUCAUGAGUGCCUCUAGGAAAGACCCAGUGGAGAAUAACCUCACCUGUCCAAAGCCCCGCCCUACCUGGGCCUCACCCUGCCCCCCACCCCUGGACUCCCACCAUGACCACCACCCAGAGGCGAGCGUCAGGUCCCGGGGAAGUCCAGAUCCUGAGGAGUCCAGGAGACACGAUGUGGAUUAGGGGAUGAGUCCUGCCGAGGAGGAGCCAGGGAGGGAUGAGGUUGCUGGGGGUGAGAGGGCGAGGAUGGGCUGCCCCUGCCCUGUGGCACGUCCGGCUGCCUCCCCGUGAGCAUGCAGGUCCUACAGAUCGUCAAGGAGCUGGUUUCGCCCUCCAGACGCAGGGCAGCGGCCAGGUUUGGAGCGUCUGAUACCGAGCAGGAUGCGGCGGUGAAACUUGACCAGGAGCGCGCUGAGAUAGUCGCCAAAUAUGACAAGGGAAAAGAGGCCACCGUGGAGCCGUGGGAGGACACCAACUUCCACCUGUAUAAAGUCAUCGACCGUUUCGGCUUUGUUCAGUAAGGACUCACACAGACACACAUCACAACCUGUCAUUACUCCUGAUCACUAAAUUAAUGACCUCCAGAGGCCAGUUUGAACAGCAGCACCACACUGAGGGGAGCAGGGAGAAAAUGAGAGGCUGUGGAGGCGAGUGUCGCUGAGAGCAGAGUGUGUUUGUGGCUUUGGCCGGGCCGGUCCUGAGGCUGCGAGGCUCUUAAACAGCACUGUGCUGGAGUGUUUUAUAUAUAUAGGC